AACAUUGUACCAAAGAUGAGGACCCAGAGUGAAAUUUUGCUUUUGUUUACCCUGUGUGCGGUCUACUCUGACGCUUGGUUUUGGUCCUGGACUGGAACCACUACUCCGGCCCCAUUAGCGGAUCUCGAGGGGUCUGGCAACCCUACAGGUAGUGGGGAAAUACCAACGGAUAGUAUUGCCAGUACUGGAGAAGUAGUCAUUGAAGACAGACGUGGUCAGCAAAGUGUCGAGCGGACUUGGCUGGACACUACCGAAGCCCUUCAACUGCUUACAAUUGCACCUUCAGUGGAGAUUGACCAUACAUCAGCCAAAGGCACAACAGAGAUUUCACCAAGUACAAGUAAACUUGCUAGUGAAAGAGCUCCACUAAAAGAAGACAGGAGUGUCUCCCUGCUGCAGCUGAUCAGUGACGCUCCUCCAAAUGAGAUCACACGGGUUUACGGGCCUGACUCCACACCCGGCUACGUGGUGGGGCCGAAGACAAAAACAGGCCAGUUGGCCCACACCUACCUGCCGAAUCCAUUCUUCCAGGACUUUUCCAUCAUCUUCAACUUGAAAGCCACAUCUGACAGGGGUGGUGUGAUCUUUUCGGUCACAGACUCCACACAGAAGAUCAUGUAUGUGGGUGUCAAACUAUCACCCGUGCAGGGCGGCAACCAGAAUGUCAUAUUAUACUACACAGAGCCUGACUCAGAGACGUCAUAUGAGGCUGCCAAGUUCCUCGUACCCUCUUUGAGGGACACCUGGACUCGUUUUGCUAUUGCGGUUAAGGAUGACAAGGUCAUGUUCUACAUGAACUGUGACAUAGAUCCUGAAGUGCUGCGCAUCGAAAGGUCCCCUGAUGAGAUGGAGCUAGAAGCUGGUGCUAGAGUCUUUGUUGGGCAGGCUGGAGGUGCUGAUACAGACAAGUUCUCAGGUGUGAUAAGCGAGCUGAGGCUGGUUGGAGACCCCCGUGCCGCUGAGAGGCACUGCGAGGAGGACGACGACGACUCGGACAUGGCUUCAGGAGAGGGCAGUGGUGAUGUGGAAACUAGACCAUCAAAACCCGGUGUAGCAAAACACACGUUGACGACAGCUCCACCACCUUCGCGACCCAUUCAGCAGCCCCCGGUUGCCAGGCAAGAGGAGACGUCGACUUUUAGACAUACAGGAUCAGUUGGGGCCAAAGGAGAAAAAGGAGACCGAGGCGAGAAAGGGGACAGAGGUCUAACGGGUCCAAAAGGAGACACUGGCACUGCUGAUAGUUCACGGGGUGGCGCUCAAGGAGGGAAGGGAGAACCUGGAGAAAAGGGUGCAAAGGGCAAUGCAGGUUUUGGCUACCAAGGAAAGAAGGGAGACCCUGGCCCCCCAGGUCCCCCGGGGCCCCCUGGACUCCCUGGGCUGGCAUCAGAGGUCUCAGCAUGCAAAGAGGGUUCAGAUUCUUCCUGUUUACCUGGUGCUCGAGGACCACCUGGACCAGCAGGUGUCCCUGGUGUUCAGGGACCACCAGGAGAUGACGGAGAACCAGGUGAUCCUGGCGAAGAUGGAAAAAGGGGUGCCGAUGGACCCCCGGGCUUCCCAGGAACCCCUGGCGACCCUGGACUGAAAGGAGAGAAGGGAGAUCGUGGCGAGGGUCACCCUGGCCCCAGGGGGCCACCGGGUCCUCCUGGACCCCCAGGACCAGGAAGCAGAUCUACUUUUGUGGACAUGGAGGGCUCAGGAUUCCCUGAUCUGGAAUCAGUUUGGGGACUGCCAGGGCCACCAGGACCGCCAGGGCCUCCUGGUCUACCUGGUUUUCCUGGUCUUGCUACACCAAAUGCAGCAUCAAGUUCUGGAGGAGUUGGGCCACCGGGACAAGAUGGGGCGCCUGGUCAACCUGGCUUAUCUGGUUUACCAGGUGUCGAUGGCCCUCCAGGAGCCCCUGGCCUUAAGGGAGAAAAGGGGGAUUCUGGUGUGUUUGGACCAGCCGGAGAGAAGGGAGCUCAAGGAGAUUCCGGAUUACCUGGACAAACUGGGGAGCCUGGAUUGGCUGGUUUACCAGGACCAAUUGGACCAGCUGGGCCACCAGGGCCUCCCGGACCUCCUGGACCUCGAUACCACGUUGGAUUUGAUGACAUGGAGGGUUCUGGUGGGAUUUUCUCUCAUGGAGUUCCUGGAGUCAGAGGACCUGAAGGAAGACAGGGUCCACCUGGCUUGCCGGGACUUCCAGGUAAACCAGGUUUGCCUGGCCUCCCAGGUCAGAAGGGCAGCGCAGGUCCCGAAGGAAGAGAUGGGCAACCGGGACUGGACGGCUUCCCUGGAGUUCAGGGAGCAAAAGGGGAGAGUGGUGACAAAGGAGAACGGGGGGAACCGGGCCGAGAUGGAGCUGGAGUCCCAGGCCCACCAGGCCCACCAGGACCACCUGGACAAAUCAUCUACCAGCCAUCUGACAAUUUUGACGGUGCUGUUGGAAGUGUUGGUCCUCAGGGAGGACCUGGCGUGCCAGGUCGAGCAGGAUUCCCUGGGCCUAUGGGACCAAAAGGUAAUAGCGGAGACCCAGGACCUCCAGGUUACGGCGUUAAGGGUGAGAAAGGCGAGCCAGGUCUCGUCAUCGGUCCUGAUGGGAGUCCACUCUUUUCGGCUGGGCUCACAAGUUUUAAGGGGGAUCGAGGACCAUCUGGACCUGUUGGUCCACCUGGACAACAUGGACCUCCUGGGAUUAAGGGUGAAAUUGGAAUGCCUGGAAGACCUGGUCGGCCUGGUGUAAAUGGAUACAAGGGGGAGAAAGGAGAGCCGGCAUCUGGCUAUGGAUAUCCAGGAGUUCCAGGCCCACCAGGACCACCUGGACCACCAGGACCUGCAGGACCAGCCUUUGAUCGGUUCUAUCGCUAUGAUGGAACUUCCAGAAAUUAUCCAGCAACUAAAGGAGAAAAGGGAGACCAUGGCGAACGUGGCCUUCCAGGCACCCCUGGAGUCUUCAAUUUUGAUAUUCACACAUUAAAGAAUGACCUAAAAGGAGAGCAUGGAGAUCCAGGAUUGAAGGGAGAAAAGGGUGAACCUGGUGGAUAUUAUGACUCUCGUUUUGGAGGGCCGCUUGGCCCACAAGGGCCUCCUGGCAAGCCAGGUUUACCGGGUCCAAAAGGAGAUUCUGUAAUGGGUCCCCCUGGUCCUCAGGGACCACCUGGCAAACCGGGCAUCGGUUACGACGGUCGCCCGGGUCCUCCUGGACCACCAGGACCGCCGGGACCAGUGACGUCACCCUCUCUACCUGGGGCCUUUUGGCCCAGUCAAACUGCCAAUGUACCAGGACCACCUGGUCCUCCUGGCCCACCUGGAAGUCCUGGCCUCUCAUCUGGAGUUACGGUUCUCAGGUCCUAUGACGCAAUGCUUGCAAGUGCCAGACGGCAGGCAGAAGGCAGCCUCAUUUACAUCAUCGACAAAGCCGACCUCUAUUUAAGAGUCCGCGAUGGAAUGCGACAAGUGAUGCUUGGCGACUACAGCCCCUUCUCCAGAGAUUUGGAAAACGAGGUGGCAGAGGUCCAGUACCCCCAGUCCCACGACCAGUCCCAAAGCAAUGGCGCAGACCGCUACUCUCAGACCGUUUCGGACGUCCGACCCAUCGAGCCGCCGUCACACUCACCUGUGGACCACCGAUACCCUUCACAGUAUGAUACCAGAUUCCCAGACCAGAGGCAGACGGAUGGCAGACUGGGAGCAGAACAGGCUGAGAACAGACAUCCUGUAACUCCCCAGCGAAGACCGAGCCUCCCUGUACUGCAACCUCCAGUGCAUGGGGGCAAAACAGUUUCAGGGCUCCAUCUCGUGGCUCUCAACGCCCCUCAAAGUGGUAACAUGCGAGGAAUUCGGGGGGCAGACUUCUUGUGUUUCCAGCAGGCCCGUGCUGUGGGCCUAAAGGGGACCUUCAGAGCCUUCCUGUCCUCCAAGCUCCAAGACCUUUACACCAUUGUCCGCAGGUCGGACAGGGACUCAUUGCCCAUUGUCAACCUCAAGGAUCAAGUGCUAUUUGAAAGUUGGGAAUCAAUCUUUGGUGACAACGCCAGCAGUAUGCGAAAUAGUGUACCAAUUUACUCAUUCGAUGGCAGAGAUAUUCUCAGGGACAGCGCAUGGCCACACAAAAUGGUCUGGCACGGGUCGAGCAGCAAAGGCCACAGGCAAACAGACCACUACUGCGAAACAUGGCGGGCGGGCGAGCAAGCCGUGACGGGUCUGGCCUCGGCGAUACAGAGCGGCCAUCUCCUGCAGCAGCACUCCCGCAGUUGCUCCAAUUCCCACAUCGUCCUGUGCAUCGAGAACGCCUUCACAUCACACUCCAAAAAAUAAAAAGAAUCCGUCCACUUUUUUUUAAAAAUAAUUUGAAUUCUCACUUUUUUUGUUUCAUGUUGGCAUCCAAUGAACUUGUCCAGUGUUUUGUUUUUUUGUCUUUACAGCCUGGCUGCGGGGCUUUGCGUCGCAUGCUUCCUCUCUCUCCAUGAAUGCCAAAGAGAUUGGGUUUGUAGGGAGGGUUCCUUUUCUCAUUUUUUCUUCUAAGCGUCCAACCAGCAUAAAAAGGUGAAAUACAGUAAAUAAUUUCACAAAUUGUAUACAUUUGUUUGUUACUUGCAUUGUCAUUUUUUGGUGUUAUCCAUUUUUACCUUAUAGCCAUCCUGUUAUUUUUUUAUGUAUUGAUCAUUUCCACAUUUGUUCCAAUUCUACUUUUUUAGUUGUGGGUUACCUUUGGGCACAGCAAAGACUAUUUUAAAUUUAAAGAAGAUAUUUAUUUUUAAAUGAAGUUAUAUAAGAACAAAGAGAUGAAUUGAAUAUAAUUACAGCUUGCCCAAAUACUCCCAAUUAUCUUGAGCAUUUUUGUUUUAUUUUUGCUUUUCUAAAGGGCUUUCCAUCAGUUUGCCUUGUUACAGUAUAAGACAAAAAAGGCGCAUUUAGCACACAUAUAGUACAGGACCACUUCCUUUUUGUAUCAACUAUUAUAAUGAUGUACUACGCUGCUGCAAGUGCUUUCCCAUGCAACCUUUGUGUUCAUUUUACACUGCAUACAUUUGACUGGACCUAAAUGACACCCAGGACCAUUUUUCUUCACUGAUAUUUAACCACCAAAAUGAUGAUUUACAUAAACGAGUGUGUACGGAAGGUGGCUGUUGCUAAUCUGUGUUGAGAGUUUGUAUAGUUUUUUUUUUUUUUUAAAGAGCAAUAUUUUAUGACCCUUAUGACUCGACUUGAGUGCAACUGAUGUCUUGACUGCACCUGUUUUAUUUCCUUCAAUUUCAUCUUAAUAGCGCAUUGAGGUGUACUGAUCUUCAAGGCACUGAAUAAAUGUCUUUUCAAAUGCCACAGUUACAAUGCACAAUGACAUUAUUAAGCACAGAUUUGGGAAAGUCUUUGAGAACACUUUAACUGUUCCAACCAAUAAUUUUCUUCUCUGCCAAUCAGUGCAUGUUAAUAGGAGCCCGUCUUUGACAGGACAUCAUAACUCUCAUCCACUGACCUUAAUUCAUUGAGGUGGUGUAUGAACUUACAAUUGAUGUAAGAUGAUGAUGUAAGUCCUUUUAACUGAGUCACUGCCAGCCAUUUUUCUCACUGAGUCCUUCCAUAUUGCCAGCCAUUUUAGAGCAUUUCGGUUUCAAGACCUAACGAUACUGUAAUGUGUAUAUAAUCUCUCUUACGUCACACAAAAUGUAUUUCAAACCUUUAUUAUUCUUUAGUAAUCCGCAAUAGAACAUGGGUGGCUUUCACCCCACCCAAACAAAACGUGGGACAAACAUGUCAAGCAGAACUGUGAUUUUGAUGCUUUCUUUUUUGCGGGGCUUUUGUGAUAUCUCACCAACUUUAACAGAAACACACAUACAAUUACAAAUGUCUUCUGAUGGCAAAAUAAUUUGUUUACUGUCUAGUGUGACACAUUAUUUAUACCAUAAAUACUCUGUAAAUACUCAUGAAUGAUAUGACGAGCUCAAAUUGACUCCCUUAUCUUCAUCUUCUUCUCAAAAGCUGUGCUGAUCUCAAAUCCAAAGUGAUACUAUACUACAAUACUAUUAACUGCAGGAAUCUGUUCGCUGUUACAAUGGUUUACACCCUUGAUAUUCACAAACAAGCUAAGUGAGAACUUCUUCCAAGAUAUGUACUUAAAUGUAUACAUUGGUUGCAGUAAAUUUUUGGAUUUCAGUUAAUCGAUGUAAAUGUCCACGGGAGAAUGGGAGUUAAGGGUAACAAAAAAUGCGCUCAGUUGAUAAUGUGGAACAUUAUAUAAAAGUAUCUAGGAAAGUCUCUAUUCCCCUUGAAAUCGCCUCAUCUGGGAAAAUAAUGAUCAAACCUGUCUGAGAUUGAUAUCAGUGAUCUAAACUGGGCAAAAAACUUCUUGGGAUUUCACACAAUAUAGAAUCCCCCGCAUAAAAAAAAACUUCAAUCGUAUACUUUAUGCAUCAUAAUUGAAGACACAGUGUAGUGCGCUGUGGAUAGACGUCAGUUUCUACUAAGCUUAAUUGGUACAACAUUAUUUUAUGUAGGCCUACAGCUUUUAUGCCGAGCAAGUUCUGGGAAAACAACCAAUACGCUGUUAACGCUCAAAGAUACUAGCACAGCACUCCUCAAUUUGCAUGUAUAUAGCUACAUUGAUAUUCACAGAAAAGCUGUAGGUCUUAAAGUAAAGUGGAUAUUAUAAGAGAACUGAAUUAGGUCACUAGUCAUCGGCGAAUGCCGAUAAAAUCCCCUUAAAUCUCCACUUUUAAGUUAGUAGGAGUUCCAUGAUCAUAUUUGAUUAAGAAGAUUAAUUUGAAUUAUUCAGAGGUGGCCUAAUUUGCUGGAUACUUUAAUGUGACAUCGCUCGUCACAGCGCACAUUCAGGUGAUUACUGGCCUCUCAUUCACUUUGGGUUUGAAGCCAAACACAUCUAACUGAGCAACUUUUUGUAGUAUUUGGGAGGUAAUACUGGCUCGCUGGUGCCUCAGUAAACACGUGAAAUAUGAAUUAAAAUCAUCCACGCAUUUGUGAGUUCCAGACUUGUUUUUUUUAUUUUUUUUUCGAUAGGGAUGAAAUCAGGUCAUUUGAAUCACUCAAGCUUAUCUAUGUCACGGUCAAAAAUUUCUGACUACCUUUUUGGUCCUGAGGCAGCACUCUCAACAUAACACGGGUGUUCUCACGAUUGGGUGUUUUGUAUGGAAGCAACCAAUAAAAGGAAGGGGAGCAGUCUGCGCCAAAUAUGGACAAAACAGAUACGAAAGUGGGUCAAACGGAAGACCUGUUAGAGAGGCCUUUUGAGAUUAAAUUGAGACAAUUCAGACAAAUGUUACUCUUUGACAAAAGUUUUACGCACAACUUUUAAGGUGUGAUGUUCCACAAUUUAUUAUUUUCUGCUCAGCUGAGGCUCCAAUUUCAAGGUCCCUGUCAUGUGAGCCUUGUUUCCUUCUUCGGCUCUAAUUGGAUUUAUGGUGGAUUUCCCUCCAAACUAAAUACGUGGGUCAUUGCCCGUAAUCCAUUUUCCAUACCGCUUAUCCAGGCUCACGGUCAGACUGGCACCUAUCGCUGCUGACUGGGAGAGAGGCGAGGUACACCCUGAACUCAGCCAAUCAGAGUGCACACCCAGACAAAAAAACAUUCACAGUCACAUUCCUUCCUGCUGACAUUUCGGAGUCUUCAGUUAACCAACCAUGCAUGCUUUGGGAGUGUUGGAGAAAACCGGAAUAUCUGGAGAAAACCAAAACUGACACAGGGAAAUAUUGAAAACACCACACGGGAAAGGCAACUUUUGAAUGCAGGUCCUCAGAACUGUGAGGCAGAGAUGCAAACGAGUUCUCCACCACGCCAAUGAUUGCCACUUGAUGUCAGAGAAAACCGAAAUCCCCAGAGAAAACCCACACAGGCACAGGGAGAACAUCCAAAGUCCACACAGGCGAGGCCGACAUUUGAACCCUGGUCUGACAUGGGUGUUGUCAUUCCCCCUGUCUCAUACACACCUGCUCCUGAGAGCAGCCUCCCCACCUCUGCCUCGUCUGCCCUAAUUAUACCAUGAAUACAAACCUUGUAUCUUAUUCUGUCUGAUUGCCAAUUCGUUGUACCUUGCUUUCACCGUUCCUUGUUUCUACAUCACUGACUCAUAGUAAAGUUAGACCCUGCUUUGAUUUUUGAAAUUGUCUUUUUGCCUUUUUUGGACUGCCUGCCCAUUUACCAACCUCUGUCUGUGAUUAAAAUU